CAAAGAUAUAUUGGAAGCAGCUGGUUCACAAACGAUUUGCACGAUGGGAGCUGAUAGCCUGUUCAACCAAAGAUAGUGAUUUCCAGCUGCUCGGGUACUUUAUGCUGUCCGGGCUUGAGGCUUACACAUGGCGCGUCUGAAGCCGAUAAAAUUCCAACUGCCCGCUCUCGAUACCGGACCGGUACCGCUCGUGUCGAUUCGGGAACAAGCCCGGAAGCAGCUGCUGGAGGUGGUUGACUCGCGCCGCGGGAAGAAGGCCCUGGUCCUCGAUCCUGCCAUCAGCGGUCCGCUUGGUUUACUUGACACAGCACUGACCGACCUGCUGAAGGAGCAUGGAGUCGUCAAGUUGCUGUACCUGGCGCCGGGGAAGCGGCUGGAUGACCCGUCCUACAGUGCAACGGAACCGCGCCUGUCCGACGUCCCCACCGUGCUGUACCUGGUGCGCACCAGCAUUGCCAACGCACAGGCAGUGGCGGCGCAGGUCAAAAGCAGGCCCAAAUCUGAGACACAGGAUUUUUCUGUGUUUUUUGUGCCCCGCUGCACAAAAGCGUGCGAGCGCAUUCUGGAGGAGGAGGGUGUUCUGGGAGAUUUUAGGGAGAUAGGGGAGUACUGCCUUGACAUGGUGCCAUACGAUGAUGACGUCAUAAGCCUAGAGCUUGAUACCGCCUUCUAUGAUUGCGUUUGCGAUGGCGAUUCGACGCCCUUGUACUACACAGCGGCGGCGAUAACCCGGCUCCAACUCAUGUUCGGCCUAAUACCGCGAGUCCAGGGCAAGGGACCCGCCGCCACGGCAGUGCGGGACAUGUGCUUCCGCAUGCGGCGCGAGAGCUCCAGGCUGCCGGCGGUCCCGCCACUGGCGUGCGGCAUCAAUGGUGCUGGCGGGGACUCAGCUGUGGGUGGCUUCGUGUCCGGCCGCAUCGACCGCCUGAUCUUGCUGGAUCGGGAGGUGGACUUGAUCACUCCUAUGAUGACCCAGAUCACUUUUGAGGGCCUCGUAGAUGAAGUCAUAGGCAUACGAUACGGCUCAGUGCCGUUGCAAUCAACAGACAAGCGCGUUGGCGAGUCCGGUGACUCUCAUGGUGCUGCCGGUGGCCGCGGGCCCACGGCUCCUACGCCACUUAACAGCACAGACCCGUUCUAUCGCGAGUUCCGGGACCUGCCCUUCCACGUUGCCACCCAGAGGCUGCAGCAGUAUGCGCGAGACGCCCGGCGGGAGUACAGCGAGCUCGGGAGCAAGGACCUCAGCGUGCUCAAGAGCUUUGUCAAGGGACUGCCUAAACUUGAAAUGCUGGACCGCCUAUCGGAUGUGGCUACUCCGCCAGCGGACCGGGUGAAGCAGCAGCCCUUCCAUGACCGGCUGAAUCAGGAGCAGGCGAUGGUGGAGGGUUACGAGCCAGAGGCAAGCGUGGCGUUCAUAGAGGAGCUCAUGUACCGUGGGGCCGACAUGGUGGAUGUGCUCCGGUUGCUGGUGCUGCUUAGCGUUGUCGGGGGCGGGCUUCCGCGCCGGCAGCUGGACUCCUUGCGGAUGGAGGUGCUGCAUAGCUACGGCCACCAGCACCUGCUCACUCUAAACGCCUUGGAAAAGUCAGGCCUGCUGAAGGCUGCAUCUGGCGCAAAAAGCCACUUUCCUUCAGUGCGCAAGGCGCUGCAGCUCAUCGUACCGGAGCAGGAAGGGCCCGCAGGCGCCGCAGCUGUGAACGUGCCCAGCGACGUGUCGCAUCUGUACAAGGGCUACGCGCCGCUAAGUAUCCGCCUGGUGGAGACUGCUCUUCGGACCGGCUGGGGCCCGUUGCAGGAGGUGCUGGUGCAUCUCCCUGGCAACUCGUUCGAUGUGAUGCAGACGGUAGACAGCAACGGCAUGCCUGUGGAGAAGCCGUUCAAGGCUGGCGCAAAUGGGUCUUCGGGAAUAUUGCCGAGUUCGGGGCUGGGCACGGCUGCCAGCGGCGGCGGCGGUGGCGCAGGUGUAUCGGUGUCCUUACAAGGAUCGGGGUCGCUGGGUGCUGGCGUAACAGGCACGGCGGGUGUGGGUGCCGCCGCUGGAGCUCAGCAUGCAGAGACGGUCCUGGUGGUAUUCAUUGGAGGGGUCACUUUCGCCGAGAUCUCAGCGCUGCGGUUUCUCAGCUCACGGCCCGAGUGGCCUUACAAAUUCUUGGUCCUGACCACCAAAAUUGUCAACGGGCGCACCUUGUUGCAAACGUUCGUCGACCCUCUUGCGAACGAGUUUUCGGCUUCUGGAUAG